UUCCCGUCGCCACGUCUUGCCAAUCAUCCACUUCUUCCCUCGGGCGACCUCGCAACAGGUCUCUGAUUGGCUGAUCAUGAGACACAACGCCGAGGAGUGUCGGUGACGAUAGGCUGUGAGCCCGUCCCGCCUUCCGACAGUUUGCGCGGGAGGCUAUUGGCUGGCGCCUCGGUCCAAUCAGCAGUGGGCUGUCGGAUUCAAACCGGGAUCGUUGGGCCUGUGGUCGGUUGGUCGCAGUCGAGUCGUUGCUUUGGCCUGACGUGGUCGUGUGGCUUCCUGCGCCCGCUCUUCGCGCCCCGUCGCUCCCGCCCGGGAUGGCCCACAAGCAGAUCUACUACUCGGACAAGUACUUCGACGAGCACUACGAGUACCGGCAUGUCAUGUUACCCAGAGAACUUUCCAAACAAGUCCCGAAAACCCAUCUGAUGUCUGAAGAGGAGUGGAGGAGACUUGGUGUCCAGCAGAGUCUAGGCUGGGUUCAUUACAUGAUUCAUGAGCCAGGGCGCGACCGCCGG